GCGCCUGCGCAAGUCAUUGGCGCCAAGAUGGCGUUGGAGAUGAGGCUCCCUAAGGCUCGCAAACCUCUCAGUGAGAACUUGGGCCGCGACUCUAAGAAGCACUUGGUGGUGCCGGGGGACACGAUCACCACGGACACAGGCUUCAUGCGGGGCCAUGGGACAUACAUGGGGGAGGAGAAGCUCAUCGCCUCUGUGGCCGGUUCUGUGGAGAGGGUGAACAAGCUGAUCUGUGUCAAAGCCUUGAAAACCAGAUACAACGGAGAAGUCGGAGACAUUGUAGUGGGAAGAAUCACAGAGGUUCAACAGAAGAGGUGGAAGGUGGAGACCAAUUCCAGGCUGGACUCCGUCUUGCUCCUGUCAUCCAUGAACCUGCCUGGAGGAGAGCUGAGGAGAAGGUCUGCGGAGGACGAGCUGGCCAUGAGAGGCUUCUUGCAGGAAGGCGACCUCAUCAGUGCGGAGGUCCAGGCGGUGUUCUCGGAUGGAGCUGUUUCUCUGCACACUAGGAGCCUGAAGUAUGGAAAGCUAGGUCAGGGAGUUUUAGUCCAGGUCUCGCCUUCCCUGGUGAAGAGACAGAAGACUCAUUUCCAUGACUUGCCAUGCGGUGCCUCAGUGAUUCUGGGUAACAACGGUUUCAUCUGGAUCUACCCGACACCUGAGCACAAGGAUGAGGAUGCUGGGGGCUUCAUUGCCAACCUGGAGCCGGUGUCCCUUAGUGACCGAGAAGUGAUCUCCCGGCUUCGGAACUGUGUGGUCUUGCUGGUCACUCAGAGAAUGAUGCUAUACGACACCAGCAUCCUGUACUGCUACGAGGCCUCCCUUGUCCAUCAGAUCAAAGAUAUCUUAAAACCAGAAGUAAUGGAGGAGAUCAUGCUACAAACCCGCCAGAGGCUUUUGGACCUGGAGGGAUGAGGCCGAGAGCUGGAGGAUGGGACUGUGCACCGCUCUGGAGCAGUUUUGGGAGUGAAAAGUCUGCUGUCUGAUCCCCAGAGAACAUCUGACACAUUACUCACCUGCAGCAGAGCUGCAGAGCCAGGCCUGUCCUCUUCUGUCCUGAGGCAAAGCCAGGGUGGAAGUAAAUGGUUUGUGCGCUUGGGUCCCAGGAUAAGGGGUAGUUUUAAGUCUCUCAGAGUACCAUGUCCCAGCCUGAUGACUUAUCUUGGAAUCACUUGGAGAAUUUAUGUCUUCUAGUCACACCACACAAUGCCCCAUGAAACUAUCCUGGUAGAAAACUUGGGGGGGGGGCUGGGGCUGGGGAUAUAUCUCAGGGGUGGACCACUUCCUAAUGUGCAAGUUCCCAGGUUCAAUUUCCAGCCCUAUUCUAACCCCAGAAAAAAGGAAACCAAAGACAUGGCAGUGCCAGCGUGAAUGGUCUCUUUCCACUUCCACUCUGUCUCCUUUAAUGCACAAGUGUAUGGGUGGAGAGAAGGUGGUGGAGUUAGGCCAGAGUCUAAGGGAUGUGAGAAUAAAGGGAGCCAGCAGCUUUUGUUGGAA